ACAAAACGGUUUUCAGACUUCAACAGCCCGUCAGCUCGAUCGUCGCCAUCAAUCGUUUGUGUUAAUUCACCCCGUGUGCCAUUGAAGAGCAAAGGCGAGAAGCACUCAGGUCCCAACUUUUCCUCCCUAGUGUCUAAUAGUAACCUCUAGCAUUAAAAUUUAAGAGUAAACAUACUCGCGUAGAAAGUGACAAAUUUCGAGUAACCACCACCAGAGAAAAAGAAAAAUCAUAAUGAGCUGGCAGGAUUAUGUUGACAAUCAGCUCCUGGCUUCCCAGUGCGUGUCGAAAGCGGCCAUUGCCGGUCACGACGGCGGAAUUUGGGCCAAAUCCGAUGGAUUCGAAGUAUCAAAAGAAGAACUUGCGAAAAUAGUGCAAGGUUUUGACAAAACGGAACUGCUCACCUCAGGAGGCGUGACACUGGCCGGCCAGCGUUAUAUCUACCUGUCUGGAACCGACCGAGUAAUCCGAGCUAAACUGGGCAAGAUGGGAGUACAUUGUAUGAAGACACAGCAGGCUGUUAUAGUAUCAAUUUACGAAGAGCCAGUGCAGCCUCAGCAAGCAGCGUCUAUAGUCGAAAAGCUCGGAGAUUAUCUAAUUACCUGUGGUUAUUAGAAGAGGUAAACUUUCAUACUGCUUUUUAUAAUUUAAACAUUAGAAACACACUUGAAUAAAAAUAAAAAAAAAUGAAAAAAACUGAAAAACAAUACAGUGUAAGCUUACUACUGCUAUUAGGAAUGAUAUAAACGAAGAAGAUAAAAACGGUUGCAAAAAAUGCAAAUUGUGAGAAUGAGAACGAGUAAAAAAGAGGAGAUUAAGGUUUUCUUCUUUUGCAAAGUCAAUAUUUAUAAGUUUCCUUGCUAGUUUUUGUUUUUCUUUUGUUUUCCGUAAGAUUGAGGAAGAUUGAGAUUGAGAGAAAGGACAUUUAUUGCUACCUUCUUUCUUAUUUCACCUGAUUGAUAGCGUUUCGUCAUUUUGUUUUCUCUCCUUCCUUCCGAGUAGUGGUUGUUUGUGUUCGGAUUUUUAUUUUCGCGGUAUUUCUUUUUUUUUGUUAAGUCAGACAUUUAUUUGCUGUUCUCUGAGUGUUGUUGUUUCGCGUGUUGAAUUCAAAAAGAACACAUGAUUAAAGCUCAAAAUUGUCGUCACGGUUUGAUUUUCUAUUUUGUUUUUCUUCUCUCUUUCUCUUUUAUUUACAGCCAACGGCGGCAGUGUGAGCGUAUUUCUCUUGUAUUUGUGUAAAAUCAGUUCAGUAUGAUAAGAAAUUGUAAUUUGUAUUAGCUCUUAAAAUCAUUAGGCAUCUCUCUGAAUUGGUCGAAUCGAAGAACUAAUGAAAAAAGGCUUGCGAAAGCAAGCGCGGAGAUUAUAGCAAAGUGACAAAGAUGAAGUGAAGUAAAAAUUUGCACAUAACGAUGAGGACAAAUUGAAAAUCUUUCGCAUUCUUCGAAGGCACAUGAGAUGAAUUACAGUCAUAUAGGAUACGAGCAUGAGCAUGGGUUGUAAUGUUGAAGUCAAGAAGAGGACGAAUAAAACAAACACAUGUAAAACUAAAAGCAAAAUGUGAAAGACCAUUUUUGAUGGUAGAAAAGAAAAAGAAAUGAAACGCAUAAGCUACUCUACUAUUAUUAUCAUCCGUAACUGUAUUAAUUAUUCCGAGAUGUGAAAUAGAGCUGAGGUAUGAGAACAGAUUUCGGUCCAUAAUUUGCAAAAAUGCGCGAGAACCAUUUUUCUUUGUGUCGGACAGCAUAAAUACAAGCAUAACUAUGAGAUAAACAAACAAGCGAAUCAAUAUGAUAAGGAUAAUGCAAUGAUAAUAAAACAAACAGCAAGAAAGAAUAACAGCGAAAAUAAUGGACAAAAAUGUGUGUGAUUUACUACUAAUUUACAAAUAAGUAAAAGCAUGUGAAAAAUUGAAGAGUUUUUAUCUCUCUUUAUUUUUUAUAAAUUAUCAUAGAAUUCUUGUGAUUAGAAUAAUUUAUUCUUAUUGUAUGAUCAAAAAGCAAACUUGCAAUGGUCUCUUUAAAAGUUUUCAAUCAUUUCUUCCAAAAACACAAACACCCUAUUUCGUUAAUUUAUGACUAUCCAUUGAGAACUAUCCUUCAUGAAUGUCCUUUCAGUACAGAAUGAAAUAAAAAAAAACGCGAAAACUUGAA